AUGAGGGAUGGCUUCGUGUUAGAGGGGCUCCUGAGCGAAGCCCAGGGAAGCCCUGCAGGGACUGGCGAUCACGCGCUCCUGCUGGGCGAGCACGUGCACUUCAGCGUCCGUGGCUCCCGCCCUCCCCAGGCUGCUGCCCAUCUCCUGGUCUCUGGGAGCGCGUGGCGGGCAGAAGUCAGGGCGUUAGAUGUGGGCAGGUCAGAUGUUUUGAGCACAACUCUCAUUUUAUUUUUAGUAGAAGCAAAAGCGUUUUCUGCAAGCAGCGAGAAGCAGCAAGGAGGAGCACGUGUGACUGUGUCGGCUCCCCCAGUGGAACAGAAACCUGCUAAAGAUCUCCUUGCCGAUGGGUCUAGUGCUCCAAGCAGCCGCUGUCAGUCUAGUGGCCUUUCUGAGCCCGCAGAGAGUCACCAGCGAGGCUUCCUGAAACCCAGGAUCCCUUUAGCUGGGUUCCUCUGCCCCUUCCAAGAUCUGUGCACAGCUCCACGGAAAGACCCUGGUGUUCAGAUAGAAAGAGAGUUCCCCGCAGGAGACUACACGUGCUGUGACUUGGUUGUUAAAAUAAAGGAGUGCGAGGAGGCUGAGGACCCCACCACGCAGGAGCCCACGGCCCCCGAGCCAGCGCCCCCUGGGAGACCCGAGACCUGCCACCUGUCCGAAGAGCGUUCUGAGUGCCAGCAGAUGCCCACAAGCUCCUUGACCUUGCAGGAGGCACUGGAAGUCCGCAAACCUCAGUUCAUUUCUCGCUCGCAAGAACGUCUAAAGAAGCUUGAGCACAUGGUACAGCAGAGAAAAGCCCAGCAGAAGGAGAGCCUGGGCCAGAAGCAGAGUCUCCUUCCUGUCCGGGCCAACAAGAAGCAGUUCACAGUCCCCCACCCUCUCAGCGAUAACUUGUUCAAGCCCAAAGAAAGGUGCAUUUCAGAGAAGGAGAUGCACAUGCGAUCGAAAAGAAUCUAUAAUAACUUGCCGGAAGUGAGAAAGAAAAAAGAAGAACAAAAGAAAAGGGUGAUCUUACAGAGUAACAGACUCCGGGCCGAGGUCUUCAAAAAGCAAUUACUGGACCAGCUCCUUCAAAGGAACGCAGUCUAACCGCAGGCUGCCCUGCUGACCCUCUACCUGGACCUGGGACGACUUCAAACGCUGGAUAAACCAUUAAACUUCUCCUUAUCUUCGUGACGUGAAAU